AGGGAGUAGUACAUUAAGAGAUACAUUAAUAAAGUUAUUCUUCUCAUUUCUGGUAUUUUAAGGGAUAUCUUUUUCAUUCUUUCCCUAACAUCAAUGAUUUGUUUCAGCUUUUCAUUUUUCAAGAUAAUAGUUUGCCCGGAAGUAGACAAAAACAUAGAGGAAUUGAGCAACUAUAUCAGAUUUUUCAUCUAGUAAAAAGAUCCUGAGAAUUUGAAAGGAAAGAAAUUUGAAAGACACUUCCAAUCAUGAAAAAUGAAGGAGAAAGAGAAAAGGGAGAAGCAAACAACUUUAUGGUGUCAUUUUCUGCUCUUCACAUGGACGUUGUCAACGUUCUGGAUUUCAUGGAGAGUUUAAAGAAUGAAGAAGAUCAAAAUGCUGUUGAAGUGGCCGAUCAAAUUGAAAAGGUGAAAAUGGUGCUGGCAUUUAUUUGCACGUACGUCCAGCUUUCUUAUUCCGAUUUGGAGAAGUUUGAAGUUGUAAUGACUGCCCAGAGACUAAGGGUUGAAGAAUUACUUCAAUCAAUUAUCUGUGAUGCUGAGCCCAAUAUGGGGAUUAAGCACGACGUACAUCAUUCCCUUCCCUGCCUCAUGGAUAACAUCGAUGAUUGUAUCAGCUCAUGUCGUUAUUCUAAAUCAAGUGCCACCAUGACUGACAAGCAGUUGGACUUCCUCCUCCUGAAUCUCCAUCAUCUAUCCAAGUAUCUUGCUGAACAGAUUUAUCCAUUAGAGAUGCAGUUUGAGAUUCUUCAGAAUUUAUUUGUCAACAUCAGAAAUUUCCAUGGGUUGAUAGUAAAUGGUUAUGUUGAGCAUGAGAUUGUGGAAUAUGUCUUACCUCAAUUUCAAGCUAUGACUGAGAGAUUUGGACGCUUUAUGUGGGAUAGUCAUAUUGAUGGAAAUUCUUUUCACUUCAAGCUACCUCAUCUAUUCUUGAAGAUUAUUCCAAUUGAACUGACGGUAAUGCACAUAUGUUACACAAAUCUGAAAGAUUCACCAUCAGCAGAAAUUGGAUGCUUUAUCCAGCAGCUGUUAGAGACCUCUCCAGACAUUCUUAAAGAAUAUAUGAUUCAUCUACAAGUGCACACGGUAACUGUUAUUACUGCAAGCAUUUCGGGGGCGCGAAACAUUCAUGUCAUGAUAGAGUUCCUAUUGAUUAUUCUUACUGAUAUGCCCAAGGACAUGAUUCAUCGUGGCAAAUUAUUUGAUCUUUUGGCACGUGUUGGAGCACUUAUCAGGGAGGUAUCAACUCUCGUUCACGACUUAGAAGGGAAGUCAAUGGAUGAAGAGAGUACCAAUGGAACAAAUCGUGCAACUCUAGACUUGUUGGAAAAUAUUGAACUCCUCAAGGAAGAUCUCAAACAUAGUUAUCUGAGAGCCCCAGACUCAUCUCAAUGUUUCUUCCCCAUGAGUGAUGGACCUCUCUUCAUGCAUCUUCUACUCAGACACUUAAAUGAUUUGCUAGAUUCCAAUGCUUAUUCAAUUGCUUUGAUAAAAGAAGAAAUUGGGGUGGUGAAAGAAGACCUAGAAUUCAUAAGAUCUUUCUUCGUGAACAUUGACCAAGGAUUAUAUAAAGAUCUCUGGGCUCAUGUUUUAGAUGUGGCAUUUGAGGCAAAAGAUGUCAUUGAUUCAAUUAUUGUUCGAGAUAAUGGUCUCUUACAUCUUAUUUUCUCACUUCCCAAUACCAUAAACAAGAUCAAGCUUAUCAAAGAAGAGGUCUCCGGGUUACAUGAGAUGAUUCCCACGAACUGAAGCCUCACUGUGGUAAAUUCUACCAAGAAGCCAGUUGAAAGAAAGUCAUUGACAACAGGUAAAGUAAUUGUUGGUUUUAAGGAGGAGACAGACUGGUUAAUUAGAAAGCUCACCAAUGGACCAGCAAAUCUAGAUGUCAUUUCAAUCUUUGGCAUGCCGGGUUCGGGUAAAACUACUUUGGCGUACAAAGUAUACAAUGAUAAAUCAGUUUUUAGUCAUUUCGACCUUCGGGCAUGGUGCACAGUCGACCAAGAAUAUGACGAGAAGACGUUGUUGGUGAAGCUUUUUAAUCAAGUUACUGGCUCGGAUUUGAAGUUCGGUGAGGAUAUUGAUGUUGCUGAUAUGCUACGGAAACAAUUGUUUGGAAAGAGGUACCUAAUUGUGUUAGAUGACGUGUGGGAUAUUGAUGCAUGGGAUGGAUUAACAAGACCUUUUCCUGAAGCUGAGAAACGAAGUAGAAUUAUUUUGACGACUCGACAAAAGGAAGUCGCUUUUCAUGCAAAGGGAAACACUGAUCCUCUUAACCUUCGAUUGCUAAGUCCAGAAGAAAGUUGGGAAUUAUUAGAGAAAAGGGCAUUUGGAAAUGACAGUUGCCCUGAUGAACUAUUGGAAGUUGGAAGAGAAAUAGCCCGAAAUUGUAAAGGGCUUCCUUUGGUGGCUGAUUUGAUUGCUGGAGUCAUUGUAGGGAGGGAAAAGAAAAAGACCGCGUGGCUUGAAAUUCGAAAUAAUUUGAAUUCCUUUAUUUUGAAUAGUGAAGUGGAAGUGAUGAAGGUUAUAGAAUUAAGUUAUGACCAUUUACCAAAUCACCUGAAGCCAUGUUUACUUGACCUUGCAACUCUUCGGAAGGACACAGCAAUUAUAAUCAAUGUGUUAAAAGCUUAUUGGCGUGCUGAAGGCUUUGUGGAAGAAGUGAUGGAGGUUUAUUUGGAUAACUUAAUUUCCAGCAGCUUGGUAAUUAUUUUCAAUGAGAUAGGUCAUCACUCAACUUGCCAAAUUCAUGAUCUUGUGCACGACUUUUGUUCGAUAAAAGCAAGAAAGGAAAAGUUUUAUGACUCGAUUAGUUCAAAUUCUCCGUCUUCUUCUUCAGAUUUGUUGCCUUGGAAAAUAACCAUGACUCAGAACUUUGGUCUUAACAAUUUUUUCCUGUUCGGUUCAAAAAAAAAAAGGCAUUCUGGUAAACACCUCUAUUCUUUGGCAAUAAUUGGACACAAGCUGGACUACAGUCUUUCUGAUAUAUGUCACCUAAGACACUUGAGGCUUCUUAGAGUGUUGCAACUGGACCCCAGUUUUAUCAUGGUGAAAGAUUCUUUACUGAAUGAAAUAUGCAUGUUGAAUCAUUUGAGUUACUUACAGUUUGGCACAAAAGUUAAAUCUUUGCCUUCAUCUUUCUCAAACCUCUCGAAUCUAGAAACCCUUUGGGUGAUUAACGAAGGAUCAACCUUGGUACUAUUACCGAGAAUUUGGCAUCUUGUAAAGUUGCGAGUGCUGUUAGCGAAUGCUUGUUCUUUCUUUUUCUUUGAUAUAGAUACAGAUGAACCAAUACUAAUAACACAUGACUCAAAGUUAGAGAACAUGAGAAUAUUAGAGAAACUCGUGAUUUCCUAUUCAAAAGAUACCGAGGAAAUUUUCAAAAGGUUUCCAAAUCUUCAAGAGCUUUCAUUUAUUCUCAAGGACUCAUGGAAUUAUACAACAGAGCAGAAUUGGUUCCCAAAAUUGGAUUUCCUAACUGAACUAGAAUUACUCAAUGUAGAACUUGAGAGAUCAAACACAAAUUGGUCGUGGAAUUUUCACUUUCCUUCCAAUUUGAAAAUAUUGGGGUUGCAUGACUUUCAUCUGACGUCCGAUUCAUUAUCAACAAUAGCGAGACUGCACUACCUUGAACAGUUGACCCUUAUUAGACCAAUCAUCCAGGGGGAAGAAUGGAACAUGGGAGAGGAAGACACCUUUCAGAAGCUCAAAUAUUUGAUGUUGGAAGAACUGACUCUUGCUAAGUGGGAGAUUGGAGAGGAAUUCUUUCCCGUACUUGAGAAAUUAGAACUGUGGAGAUGUCAUAAGCUUGAGGAAAUUCCGUCAAGUUUCGGUGAUAUUUAUUCAUUAAAAAGUAUCAAACUUAUAGAGAGCCCUCAACUUGAAGAUUCUGCUUUAAAGAUUAAGCAAGAUGUUGAAGAAAUGACGGGAGAAGACAAGCUUCAGAUCCUUGGUCCGAAUAAUAUGCUGUUAUGCGACCUUGCUGCUAUGCAAGGUUACAUGGAGAGGACACAGAUGUCCUAGCUGGGGUUUGCCCCUUUGAGCGCCAUUGCCCUAGUGGACCUGGCCCAAGCCUAUGCUGAGCUCCGAAAGGAGCUAGAUGAGGAGAAGAAACGCCGCUUCCGAGACAGCAUGCUGGUGAGGACGUGGAAGGUCAUGUGCGCGCGCACCUUCCCAACUAAGUAGCUCCCUAAUCUGACUAAGAAAUACUGGAGUUCUCGUUCCUCAGCGGCAUAGAUGAGGAGGGCUUGAAUGCCGCAAGCCUUGGAGACGCGGCCACCAGCUAGAUGUUUUGCUGUCCUCUCUCCGCCCUCUUUUUAUGUUGUAAGUACUUUUGAAUUUGGGUUGUCCCCCGUUUGAGGCUUGUAACAAAAAAAAUCACUUUUUCUUUUUCUUUUUCUUUUUAAUUUAUUGCACUUUAAGACACUUUUCAUUU